UCCUUGUGAAAGAAAAGAGUAGAUGAAAUCUAAAUACAAAUUACAAUUUUAUUAAUCUGUGAAUUUUGUUUUCUCAUCAACAUUUCAAUUUUCAGCAGAUAAAUUAAAAUUAUUUAAUUAUAUUGUUUGCGGUUGUAUCAUAAAAUUAAAAUUAAUGGCUCGAAACCCCAUAGUAAUAAAUAUAUCAAAAAGAUUUCCAAUUCCAUGUUAUUUAUGAUUUUAUUCAAGACAGUGCCUAAGUUAAGUGUAUAGAAAAAGUGAUUUCUGGAGAAAAGUUAUUAUGAAGUGUUAAUUUGUUAAUUUCGUUUCUGUGUUAAUUUCGAGAUAGUUCCAGUUAUUAUCAAAAAAUGGUUGAAAAGAAAAUACAAGAAAACCCUCUACCCGAGACUCCUGAGCAUGAAGCACAGACAUCAGAAACACCGGAAAAAACAAAAGAUCUCCCCCCCAGUCCCAUACCAGUGAAAAUAACUCCCCCCACCCCAGUCACUCCGUCACCAGUGUCCCGAGUCAGCAUCCCCUCGUUCACCAAGACUCCUCCCAAUGAACUGUACCGGAAGCUGUUGCCUGCAGUGUUGUUCCUGCUCACGUUUGUCACUGUCAUGACAGUGCUGCUGAUCUAUAUGGAUACUGUCGCUUUGGGAGCGCAGCAGUUCCGCCUGAACAUGUCGCGGGACUACGAGCUGGCGCGCAUCCCCGCCGAGUCGCCCACGCUGGUGGCGUACGUGCGCCAGCUGCACCUGGCGCCGCGCGCGCCGCGCACGCCGCCGCCCACGCCCACGCCCACGCCGCGCGUGCGUGCGCUGGACCGGCUACUGGGGGAGAUGUACAAUGGUACUCUGGUAGAGUUUCUCCCGCGCGGCGGGCGGGACCCCACGGCCGCCUACCUGGAGACGGUGCGCGGCUGGAGCGGCGUGGCCGUGCGCGCCGCCCCCAGGGACUUCCUGGCGCUCCGGGGCGCCGCCAGAGCCCUGCACGCUUGCCUCAGCCCUACUGAUCAUCCUAGAGAGGUGAGCUACGAGGAGGCGGAGGGCGGCGGCGGCGUGUUCCGCUCGCGCGUGCUGUGCCUGCCGCUGCUCACCGUGCUGCUGGCGGCCGACGCGCCGCGCGCCGACUACACCGCGCUGGCGGGCCCCGCCGCGCCGCGCGCGCUCGCCGCGCUGCCCUACGACCGGCUGCGACUCAAGGUGAUCGACUUCCGGUCCACAGACCCGGUGGCGUUGAACAAAACGACGGAAGUGCUGGAGGCGAACAACUACACCGUCGCCGCCACCUUCGACGACGGCAUCAUGUACGCGCUCAAAGACAUCAGGCAGGAGUGAGGUAACUGGGGACAAUUGUUCCCUAAACGUAACUCAUCAUAUUUGCCUGUUCUAAGACAAUACAAGUGAUCCCCCAGGGGACAAUUGUUCCCUAAUCAUACCUCAUCAUGUUUGCGCCUCUUCCUAGACAAAACAAGUGAUCCUCCAGGGGACAAUUGUUCCCUAAACGUAACACAUCAUAUUUGCCUCUUCUAAGACAAAACAAGUGUUCUCCCGGGGGACAAUUGUUUCCUAAACGUAACUCAUCAUAUUUGCCUCUUCUAAGACAAAACAAAUGAUCCCCCAGAGGCAACUUUUCCCUAAACAUAACUCGUCAUAUUCACCUCUUUAAGACAAAUCAAGUGAUGCCCCAAGUCCCUUAACUAAUUAGGGAACAAUCAGUUGUUAUAGGGGCGAUUGUUCCCUAACCACAUUUGCCUCUCUAAGACAGACAAAUUAAGUCCCAGGUUUGUAAUUCUUUAAUUAUGCCUUUCUAUAUUUGCCUUAUAGAAUAAAUACUUUUUGCCAACUCUAAAUAAAACCAAGUUAAUGCCCAGGGCAAUUGUUCCUUUGUUAUAUUUGUCCUAUCUUUUAUAAAAUGGCCUAAUUAAGACAGCUAAUGUCUCAUGACCAUUAUAAAUCUUUUAUAUAACUUGUUAUAUUUAUUUUGUCGAAAAAUACUCUUUGUCCUCUCUAAAACAGAGCUGUGGUGCCUGUAGGCCCAAGAGACCACGUGUCUCGUGUAGAGAAAAAGACAAAUGUCGACCACUAGCGUUGUAGUUGAAACAACCGCACUCUCUUUCAUACCAACAGCAUCUUGAGCCUAUAGGACAACUAUUAUCCAUAACUCUUUAUAUUUGAGUCUGUUCAUGUAUUAUGGAAGUAGCUUUAUUAAAAUUAUUUAGUUUGAGCUUAUAUCAGCUCAUUGGUAAAGCGGCCGGACUCAUCACCAAGGGUUGGUGGUUGGAUCCCUACUUGUUGGACUAUUGUGUUGUACCGUGUAUUAGGAGUCUAAUAGUCUUACCAGACUAGUUUGAGGCUAAUGGAAAUACUGGUCAUAUUUAAAAAGAUAUGCCAAAUAUUCUUAAAAAGAAAUAAUAUAUAUAUAUUAAACACUCCCCCACUCCCUAGACAGAAAGUGGGUAAAAAAAACCCCAUUUUGUUGAUAAUAAGUGAAGCAAUACAAUAAUAAUAAAUGACAUAUUAUGUGGUAGCCCAGUGGAUUCUGCUUACGAUUCCGGAGGGUGUGGGUUCGAGUCCGGUCCAGGGCAUGCAUCUCCAAAUUUUCAGUUGUGUGCAUUUUAAGAAUUUAAAUAUCACGUGUCCCAAAUGGUGAAGGAAAAACACCUGCAUACCAGAGAAUUUUCUUAAUUCUCUGCUUGUGUGAAGUCUGCCAAUCCGCAUUGGGCCAGCGUGGUGGACUAUUGGCCUAACCCCUCUAAUUCUGUGAAGAGACUCGAGCUCAGAAGUGCGCCGAAUAUGGGUUGAUAACGAAGCAAAGCAAAGACCCCGUGACCCAUCAUUAAUGCUCACAUAAUACUUGAACGAUCCCUUCCUCAAAUAUAAUAAAUAUUUAGAGGCCUCUGUAAGACAAAACCGAGGUAAUCCCCAGGGCAAUUAUUCCCUAAUCACUCGUUUAUGUUUGUCCUAUCUAAUAACUUAAUAAGUAUUGUUCUAGUAUUAUAUCUAAGCCAUGACUAAGGUAAAUAAUACAUAACUGUAAAACCCUAAUUUUUAUAGUGUUUAAUCUAUUAUACUGAAACCAUAUUGUCUCUUAAGACUUAGUAUCUUUGUUAAAUUAAAAAUGAUAAAAAAAAAGACAAACUGUUUAAUGUCUGUCAUAACUGUGGUACCUAUUUUAACUUAAUUUAAUAAUCAAAUUUUUUAAUAUUUCUAAUUUUACAAAUAUAAAUUCAUAAAACCCUAACAAUACUUUUUGUUUAUUGUAAUUGAAUGUUAAAAUAUAAUAAUAACGAAAAAGGUUUAUUUUAAAAUAAACAAUUUAAUUUUAACAUUUUUAUUUUUACAAAUGUAACUUUAUGUCAGCAAUAAAUACUAAUUAUUAUUAUUAAUCGAUUAUAAAAUUUUAUUUUUUUUAAUCAUUGUGAUUUUGAUCAGAAUCUUGUUAUUUAGAACAUUAAGAAUAUUGAAAUCGAAUGUGAUGGUGAUAAUCUAAAACGAUAGCCUUAUUAGUCACUUUGCACAGUAAUUAGGGAAAUGUACCCUUAGUACAAUAGUUCAUCUCUAUAGCCAAGUUCUGUGAUAUGAAAGUAUGAUAAAUUGCAAUGAAAAUGAAAAAAUAAGUUACUUUCAUUCUCAAUGGAGACCUCUAAUUUUGCAAAUUAAAAGUUAAAUCAACUGACAUGAUUUGUGAAAUCUUGUACUGAGGGUAAAAUUGUUCUAAUUCAAUUUGAUGUUUUAAAUUAUUUGUGGCCACUUUUAAUAGUACUUUUGAACAUCACAAUGUAGUUGUUAAAAAGCCUUUUUUUAAUAGAAAGCUUGUACGGGAUGUAAAAUAAGCUUGCCGUGUCAGUAAUAUAAUAAACAAAAAUAGGUAAAAAGGUAUAUUUUGAAUUUUCUGGGAUAUUCACCAACCGAAGUACAAGCUGUUUUAUAAUUAAGUAUUAAAUUUUCUUAGAUCUCUAGUGUGAUUGGUGAAAAUGGUGAAAUUGUCAUUUGAAUCAUUAAAUACUUAAUAAAUAAUUUGCAUGCCAAAUUGGCAAGAUACAUUUACCAUCUACAUCUACCGACCACCUGUAUAUAUUAUGCAUGUAUCUGCAAAUAAAUAAAUUGAUUGAUUGAUUGAAAUAUGAUUUAUUCAUAUAAAAAAAUGUCUACUGUUUCGCUCCAUUUAAAUUUUCAAAUUGGAUUGGAACAAUAUUUGAAUACACUUUUGCCUUAUAAAUUGUUAAUGUAAAGCUCCACACGUACAUAUAUGCUCGUUGGUAUCUUAUUUUCUUUAAUUUAAGCGAAACCUUCUUAUGCUGUUGGUCACUUUCGCUAUAAGUCCAAUGACUGAAACAACUAUCAGAACAAUAACAGACUCAACAUUCCACAUGACGGUAAUCUCUUGAGCAAGGUCCAAGUAUUUCGAUAUUAUGCAAUAGUUAUUAUGAUUUUUAAAACGACGAGCGUGUAUGUGUGUUUUGGAGACUUUAUUUGCAUAAGAUUAAAUACGAUAAAACUUUUCGUCUCACUUUUAAGAUCUGUCAAACUAAAAUGUUUAACUACUUGUACCCUUAAAUUUUUGUAAAUAAGUUUUAAUUUGUUCUGUGAUUUAAAGACUACUAAAACAUUUUUGUGGUUACUUACUCGUAUGAAGUCCUUGGAUAUUUGGGCAACUCAAAUAAAUAAGUGUCUCAAUUCAAAUCUCAUCUCAAAUCUAGAUUUAAUUAGUAGUGGACUUGGAUACAUCGUUUUCAUUAGGUUUAUUUCAUAGUGUGAACUUUUAAGUCGCUUCUUUUUCAUCUUUUUCCAUAGAACUGCCAGGCAUCUCAGUGAUCUGCAAUCUUACAUAGCCCUUGAAAAAAUCUUCUUUCCUGAUGAAUACUGUGAAGCUAUGUAAUAUUUUUCCAGCUUUCGUUUUCUCUGCCAAAUCAAGAGUGCAGGCACCUUUUAGGCAAGCGCUUUUCUCAGUAGGUUGCAUUUUCACUUACCUUUACGUGUUAUUGCAGCGAUUACAAAUAAUCAUCUGGAAGGCUAAAUCGCCAUUAGUUGGUUUCAAUUACUUGUCAGUAUGUUCCUUGAAUAAACGCAAGCAAAUAUUGUCGCAGGGAAAUCCAGAACAGAUUAAAUCUUAUUUCUGUUUAUUAAUAAAAAUGAUCUUUUACAAUCUAAUGCACUGUUUACAAUCUCUUUUUACAUCCUCUCUAGCAAUCUUUGUAAUGUUGAUACUAAUUAAUUGUAAUGUAAUAAUGAAUUUUAUAAUAAUUAAAUUAAAAAAUUGUAGAUAGAAGAAAUAUAUUCUUGGACACUUUUAAAAGUCGAGUUACUUAUAUUGAAUGAAACUUCAAAUGAGAUUCAAUAGUGUUUGAUGUUUUGACUUGAUUAAAAAGUUUUUGGAAAAGUUAAAAAAUUAAAACUGUCUAAGAAUAUAUAUUUUUUAAAUAAAAUUAAUCUAAUAAUUAAAAUCUCUAUAAAAUAAUUCUUGCCGUACAAAUUUUUAUUACAAUAAAACUUUUUUUUAAAUAAAAUUUUCUUGUAGUUUAAUCAAUAUUUCGGAAUUCAUGAAAUGCUGUGCGGGUUGUCAAUUAUACAAAGACCAAAUUAGACGUAAAAUAUGUUCAUUUGCCUUGAAAAAGUGCCCUGUAAUGUUAAUUAAAUGAUAAUAAAAAAAAACAUGCAUCUAAUAUAACCAAUAUUUUGUGAAUAAACAAUAUUGUUUAUUCUAUUAUAAUUGUUUAUUUUUUCAUGACGAUGGAUUUUAAAUGAAAUUAAUAAUGACAUAAUUUUAACCAAUACGUAUAUUAAUUUUAUUUAAUUUAUAUUUUUUUAAUGAAACAAUAUUUUAUGCCAAUAUAUGCCUGCAUCAUAUUAUUCGAGUAGGUAUACCUAAUAGCAAGCAAAAAAGUGAAAUCAAAGUAUUAUAAUUUAAUUAUGUGCUAAUUUUAAAAAAUAAUUAUAGUUUUUAAUUCCAUUAAUUAUUAAGUGUAUUUUAAUGAUAUCAAAUGAUUUUUUUAAAACGUAAUUUUAAUUUUGUCGAUAAAGUUGGAUUCCAUUCCACUUAUUAAUUAUGAUAAUUCCGUCUUAAUUUAUUUCAUAAUGGAAGACUGAUUUAAGAUUAUUAACUUUUUAUAAAUUAUGUAGAUUUGUUUUAACGUGAAUUAAAAUCUCAUUUGCUUUAAUUUUUAUGCACACGAUUAGGAUUACUGCUGGUUGCAAUUGAUCGCGACAAUCGCACUGCGACUGCAAGUUAGAAACGCUAAAUACCUUUGUGGAUCUUCACUGUGAAAACUUAUUCAAAUAUAUCUGCAUCUCAGUACACGUUGCGACUGUCGCGUUUUAGUUGCGACGAACGCGUCAACACAGCUGAAGACGACGUGUGCAGAGGCUUUUAAUUAGAUAAUUCAAUGAUUACUAUGUAUUAUGAUUUUUUUUAUUGUAAUCUCAUUUUAUUUCGAUUGUAAGCAAUAACAUGUCAAUGUGUAAUUAUUUUUAAGCUUUAGUAAGAUUUUCACUAGAUUUAAUUUAAUAUGCGCUCAAUUUUUCACAAAUUAAAUGCUUUAAUUCAA